GUCACCUCACACAACUAUUGUUAUAUUAAAAAUUUCCGUUAUUUGUUGUAUGAGAAAUAAUAAGAUUUUUUGUCAAGAAUAGCGUGAAGGAACACGUGAUAGAGAGUUGGAUGAGACAAGGGACGGUUGGCGAACUUCUUUUUCUGUUUUUGUGCAAAGAAUCAAAAAUACAAACGGAGUCCAACGCAACCAACCAAGGGUCAUAGCCCGCUUUUCUCGUUUUCUUCUCUUCUUCUUGUGAGGAAAAAAGACAUCAAUCAACCCCCUUUCCCUAAAUUUUCUUCUCUCUGCGCAUCUGAUACUGGGUCAAGAAUCAUAUAUAAAAAGUUCAACAAACUUGUACAGUUUGGGAGAGACAAAUAAGAUCUUGCUUUACCUAAAUCUCAUGGAACAACUUGUCAACUUCAUUAUUCGACCCCCAAGGGCUGAGUAUGAUCCUAAAAAUGAUCUACUAGAUGAAGAAUUUAUGCUUAAAGGGAAAUGGUACCAAAGGAAGGAUCUGGAGGUUAAAAAUAGUAGGGAUGAAGUUCUUAAAUGUAGUCAUUAUAUACCUCUUAUUCGUCCAGAAGGAAAGCCACUGCCUUGUGUGGUUUACUGUCAUGGAAACAGCGGGUGUAGAGCAGAUGCCAGUGAAGCUGCUAUUAUAUUAUUGCCAUUAAACAUAACUGUUUUUACCCUCGACUUUUCUGGAUCUGGACUUUCUGGAGGAGAGCACGUUACAUUGGGGUGGAAUGAAAAAGAUGAUCUCAGAGCUGUGGUUGAAUAUCUGCGGACAGAUGGCAAUGUUUCUUUGAUUGGCUUGUGGGGCCGUUCAAUGGGUGCUGUUACUAGCCUCAUGUACGGUGCUGAGGAUCCAUCCAUUGCUGGAAUGGUUUUAGACAGUCCCUUCUCCGAUUUGGUUGAUUUGAUGAUGGAACUUGUAGACACUUACAAAAUCCGACUCCCCAAGUUCACUGUAAAGUUUGCAAUCCAAUAUAUGCGUAGAGCCGUUUUGAAAAAGGCAAAGUUUGACAUAACCGAGUUGAACACAAUUAAGGUUGCAAAGUCAUGCUUUGUCCCUGUUUUACUGGGCCAUGCUGUCGAUGAUGAUUUUAUACAGCCCCAUCAUUCGGAUCGUGUAUUUGAAGCUUACAUGGGAGACAAGAAUAUUAUAAAAUUUGACGGUGAUCACAACUCUCCACGCCCACAGUUCUAUUUUGAUUCUAUAAGUAUCUUCUUCAACAAUGUUUUGCAACCACCAGAGGAUGAAGCUGGGGCUGCAUUCUUUGACAUGCCACAAGAUUAUUUUGGCAAGGGCAGUUGGAGUACAGUCCAUGAACUGGACUUCAUGGAUGAUGUCCACAAUGUUGCAGCUGCACCGACUAGUAGCACUGAAGAUGUAAUAAAUCAGGUUCGCUCCAAAAGACCCAUGAGUCGGACAGAGGUCCCUUCUGACAUAUCUGCUCAUAACCAGACUGAAUACCAGGAAGAAGGUACUGGAACCUGCUCUGCCCCAUCAUCUUCAAAAAUGAUCAGCUUUGAAUUUUCCAAUGGGGACCCAUUUGGUCCCAAUGUUCCUGCAUCAAUAGAUGAUGAUGACUAUGUUGAAUACCCACUUGAUAAUAUGGCAGAUUUUCCAAGUAAUGUAGAUGAAGAAGAAAGGAUGUUAAUGAAAGCAGUACUUGAGUCUUUAAAGGACCUGGAGGUUAAACCUCCUGCUGAACAAGUGUCCUCAAAUGCUGUCAAAGAACUUCCUCAAACUUUGCAGGACACUAGAGAGGAGUCGUCUACUGUAAAGCAAUGUACCCCCUCAAAAGAAAUUAGUGCUAGUGCAAUAGUUGUUAAUGGGCACGAUUCAGGCGCCAAAGUCCAAGUUCCUGAUACUGAAAAAGUAUCAGUAACUCCAGCUAAAAGUAUUUCAGCAGUUAAAGAAGUGGAAUGCAAUGGAGCUUCUCAUCGUGAGACAUCUGUCAGCAAUCAAAGUUCGUCCAGUAUUGACCCUGUUGAUGGUACUAAAGCUACUGUUACUGUUGUAAAGAACCCAACAAGUAAUGUCAUGGAUGGUUUGCGGCGUCGUUGGGAUCUCAACUUCUUCAAAAACAGAUAAUGGUUCGGAAGAUUGACUUUUUACAAAGAUAACUUGGAAUGGAUUACAGGUAUAAGAAAAAGUUAUAGUGGUUAUAGAAAUUUGCUGUUUGAUGGAUGUACAUUUUUGGGGGGAGUAAAUAUUUGUACUUUCGAGGAAUUCGGGGCAGGUGGUUGUUGGAAAUGACGGAUUCAGCUGUGUAUUUACUCCCCUGUGAAGAAAUUAGGCCCAUUGUUUGUUGUAAAUUAUGGACUGAUCAGAAUGAGUUAUGUUUAUGUACAGGUGACGUGCACAAUUUUUCUCGACAAAAUUGGAGUUGCUAGCCUUGUCAACUUUCUCUACUUCAUUCCUCCUUAUAGUGUGUUGUGUAUUGUAUGCAAAAUGGAUCAACUUUGAAACUUUCAACAUGAAACAUGGUUUUACUUUGA